AAAUUAGCCGUAAAAAAUGAGUUAUUAGACUAGUUUUAAAAUUAUUAUUUACAUUCAACAUUGAGUGUUGUCAGCUCCUGGAAAUGAUUGCAAUAAAUCCUUUUAUCGCAUAAAUAGUCACACGAUAAAUACCCGAAAGAGUAGAUAGUAUUGAUCACCUAUUGACUCGAUUGAAAUCAAAAAACGUAGCGUAUAAUGAGAGCCCUUAAAAAAGAAAGAGGCAAAGAAAAAUUUCAAUGUUUACCAUCGAAAAGUGCUGCGUUACAUCAAAACUUAAUGCAUUCAGAAUUUGCUCGCCGAUCUAAAGCAGAUGUAAAAUCAAAAUACUUGAAAAGAAAUAACAGCGUGCGAAAAAAAGUCUUAAGUAAUCGCCUUAGUUAUGGCUGCUCAAGUUUAAUGUACGCCUGUCAACAGGGAGACAUUGCUGAGGUAUUGGAACGAUUGCAUACAAAGCCGAAUCAAAUAAAGAUCCGUGACCGUCGCAAUAAAAGCGCUUUACAUUAUUGUGCUAUACAAGCAGUUACAAAUUCGAACGUCCUCGUGGCUGCAGCUAGCAUAGUCGUCGCAGCUCCAGAAUUAUUGGAGUCUGUAGACGAGGAUGGCUUCACACCGCUUCACUUGGCUGUUAUUCAGGGCAAUUUGGCAAUGGUCAAUUUGCUACUCGCGAAUAAAGCCGAUGUGAACGCUGUGGAUAAAGAAGGUCAUUCGGUAGUGCAUUGGGCUACGGUUUGCGGUGAAGUUGCAGCUUUGCGAGCAGUGUUAGCGGCUGAUGCUAAUAUUGCGAUACCCGAUAUCAAUGGUGGUUCACCGCUACACUACGCUGCUCAGAUGUGUGGCGCCGUUUAUGAUGGAAACCUUUGCCAAACUAACUCGUCCAAGUUAGCAAUGGAAAUCUUGGAAAUUUUAUUAGCCCAUCCUCAAUGCAAUGUUGACGUCCAAGAUAAAGACGGUCGACAGCCGUUACUAUGGGCCGCUUCGGCUGGUUCGGCGAAAGCCGUUACUGCUUUGGUUAAAGCUGGUGCCAGAGUGGAAAGUGCAGAUAAAGAUGGUCUAACGGCUCUGCACUGCGCUGCAUCUCGCGGCCAUACAGAAUGCAUUGAUACCUUAAUUAGUUUAUGUGGAGCGCCAACGGAUCUUAUUGAUGCCAAUGGUUGUACCGCACUUCAUUACGCUGUAACCUUAGGACACGCUGAUGCUACUUCCCGUUUAUUAGAUCUAGACGCCGACCCGAAUAGACAAGAUCGUAAAGGCCGUACUCCGUCACAUUGCGGUUGCGCGAAAGGCCAGUUAGAAACUGUUAAAUUGCUUAAAGAUCGUGGCGCGAAUUUAUGGCUACGUAAUGCCAAGGGCGAUCUUCCAUUACAUGAAGCAGCGUCUUCCGGGCGUCGUGAAUUAGUCGAAUGGUUGUUGGAACAACGAUCUAAACAAGUAAAUACUACAAGCAACGAUGGCCGAAGUAUGUUACACAUCGCAGCAUACAAUGACUAUACGGACAUUUGUAAGAUAUUGUUGGAUUAUGGUGCUGAAAUAAAUUCGAUUUAUAGUAAUUCGAAAAGUGUGAUGAUGACGCCCCUGGAUUGUGCUUUGCAAAAAGGUCACAGAUCCACAGCUAAAUUUCUGCAAUCACAUGGCGGAUUACCCGCAGGCAAAUUACGCUUAAGCGCACGCCGUGAAAAUCCAUUCAGAGAAACUAUGGUGGACGCCGUUCGUCCGUUAAAGGAUGAAGAUUUUAUUAAACCGAAAAAAUUAAUUGUCUAUAUGAAACAAUCCGAUUCGGAUAUAGAUGAAAAGGGAAGUUAUUGUGAGUGCCUACAUCCUACCUACAGCAGAGAAAAACGUUGUAGACGUCAAAAAUUUAAGCGACAUGUCCUAAGACGACGCACCAGUAGCUGUGGUGAACCAAAAAUAUGUACAAAUAAAUGCAACGCUAUUUGUCGGUCGAAAAGUAACAUUGAAAUAAGAUUUCGAAAAUCGCGAGAACGUUGCGUGUACACAAGCGAAAGCGAUGAUGAAGAUUCGUGUGAGAACUGUUGCUAUCAUAAAUAUUUGAAAGAGCAUGUUAUUGUGAAGAACAAGUACAUAUUUUCCAGGGCACUGAAAGAUAAAACGGACAAAGAUAGGAGGAAUAAAAACAUGACAGAAGUCAGAAAUCAUCAAGGAUGUUCUUCUGACGAUCUUAAUCCCAAAAAUAAUGAAUUAAGCGAAACGAAGGUUAGUGGCGAUCUUAAGGACAAUGAUUUGGAGAAUGAAGGAGAUAUCCCCCCUUUACCUGAUAAGGAGGAAGUUGUGUCUACAAACUUGACUAAUGAGGAAAAUAUUUUAAACUCAAACCCUCCUUUAGAAGGAAUGGAAAAUAAAAAAUUAAUAGUUGACGUUUCGAAUGCGACGGCAAAUGCAGAGCUUGACCCUACGCCUGAUCCACCAUUGCAAAUAAAAGAUAAUGAAGAGAAUCUAGAGGCAACGCCAAGUCAUGAAGAUGGCGCUAAAGAUGAAAGAACUAAUUUAGAGAAGCCGUUGAACGAGUCAGAACCGCCUUCCAAGCCCGACGAUCUAACAGAUGAGAAUAAAAAUGUAAUGGAAGAAACUAAUAUUUGUAACGAAAAUCAGGAGUGCAAUGUAUUAUUAAUCACACCAGACGCUGCUCCAAAGGACGAGGAAGAUAACGAAAAGCCCGAUGAGAGUGUAGAUACUUUACCAUCAGAAUCUAAGAAGCAGGAUACAAUUGCCGAAGAGCCGCAAGAGAGUCGCGAUAUUGAUUCUAAAAUAGAGGCCAGCCCAAGUACGACCGAAACCACAGUUAUAAAUAAUUCUUCGAAUGUUAAUGAAACGGAUGACAAUGUCGUAGAAUCGGAUAAUAAUGAUAUGAUUUCCGAUUAUACAAAGUUAAUUAUACCAGAGCAAAAGGCUCGCAAUUCAUUUACUUUGCUACCUUCCGAUUCGGCCGAAGAUGAGGCAGUAUUAAGUGCUAACGAAACAUCGGAACGCAAGUCCAGUUUUCAGAUAAUUCAAAGCGACGAUUCGAUAGAUCUUGAAGAAGAAACAAUACCGCAGGAUGAACCGAUAACACAAUGCACAGCUUCGGGCUUUACUAUUCUUCCUGAGGCACACGGAGAUCAUGUGAAACUUUUUCCGAGCCGAGAUUCGGAAGAGAAACUAGAAAAUGAGGAAAGUCCAAAAGCUCAAACGGAGUCGUUAUGCUCAGAACAAACGAGUGAUAUUCCAACAAAAUCAGUGAUAGACAACUAUGAGUACAAUCACGUGCACAGUCGUAAAAAACGCUUAAAAAAGCGUUUUAGUGAUGAGUUGAACGAGCCGACCAAUUGGAAAAAGGAUGAAAUAAGUAAUGCAGCAAAAGACCAAGACUCUGGCUUUGAGCCAAGUCCACGUGGCAUCUAUCGCAAAAUACCGGAACCCAACGGAAUUUAUACGACUCACGGCAGGUCUUGCAGUUGUCGUUUAACAAAUCGAAAAACUGAAAAUAGCAAGACCACUUGUAAUAUGUCAGCAGUGACGAGAUCUAUUCAGCGCAAUAUAAGGAGAUAUUAUAUGGAGCGGAAAAUUUUUCAACAUUUAUUGGAGCUAAAAUCGUUACAAAUACGUUCGAAUAAAUUAAAUGAAGCAGUGCUGGUGAAACGUGCUGUGGAUGAUUAUCACAAAUCCUGCAUCGCUUUGGGUGGUGAGAUGGGUACACGUUUACGUCGUUACAAUUUCAGUGAAUACAGUUUUAAGAAUUUUGAAUUGUUUUUAUAUGAAACUUUGAAAUCAUUGCAAAAACCGGGAACUUACAAUUUUCAGGACAUUAACGAAUUGUAUGAAGAGGCCGAACGACGUUUAAGUCCCGAUUACGGUGCUUACGAAAAGGCUUUACAGUGCACAACAAGGACCCAUCGCUGUUUUCAUGCUACUCACGCCUACACUGGUAUACCUUGUGCAGCGUACAUUCCUAUGAUGAAUCAUCAUACAAUACCUAAAUUUGGCUUUGGCUCGUAUAAGAGAUCUAGUAUGGGAAGUUUCUAUUUACCGAAAAUUUUAACCAGUAGUGGCUCAGGCCGAAAAGGAAACGUCGCCCUGGAAUUAUCACAUGGCAAACAUAAACAAUUGAUAUCGUUACCUUCCGAAAAGUUGGACAGCAAUAAGCGUUACUAUGUAACCUUUGAAGUUAAAGGUUCCAUGAAAAAGAAACCACUAAAAGAUGAUGUACAUAAUCAUAGUAUAGCGGUAUCAAGAGAAAAACAAAAUCCUUCGAAUGUUGACGUUGAGCUGGAAAAAUAA